CCUAUUCCAACUUUUUUUCCUAUUCAUUUCUUUCUUCUGACUCAUGUAGAGACCUCCUGAGAGGUUUAAAGUUGAGGAAGAACCCAAGGGUGUUUCUCAAUCUCCUUCAGCCCAUUCAUUCCACAGCGAUGCCAACUCCCUGAUGGUGCCCUACUCCAUCCCUCAUGCGCUAGUCAUCUCUCCCACUCUGGGUGGACAUCCAGUUUCACCAGACCUUGCCAUGAGUCUGAGGAAGAUUUUAUUUGGAAACACACUGCACAUCUUCAAUUAUGAGUGGAAGAAAUCCUUCUUUAAGUUUCGGGAGCCGUAUUCAAACCUAAGCUAUGCUUUGGAGGCAGAAAGAGGGGGAGCCCGUGCCAUUCAGAUGGCAGUUCAGGCCCAUGUUAUCAAAUACCUUCUUUUCACACAGCCAUUGAAUUUAGAGAGCAGUGGAAUAGAAAGGCUGGUGGAAGUUGGGGAGAAAGAGCAGGAGAGGGCUUUGGCUGCUGCAUUGGCUGAUAUUUUAUGGACAGCUGGUGAUGAGCGUACUGCCACCAUCUCCUUGGUUACACCAGAUCGCUGUUUCACCCCCCACCUGGACUACAAACUGGACAACUUCACAGAGAGGCUGCAGCUUUUCACCUUUAAAGAGAAAGAAGAUGUGACAAAAUUUAUAUAUGAACAUAUUCAUUGUUUCAGUAAGGAGGAAAGUCAUGGAGUCAUCCUCUUUCUGUACAGCUUGAUCUUCUCAAGGUCAAUUAUUAGAUUGCAAGAAGACCUGGAUUUCAGCACGACUCAUCUCUUACAAUUUGGCUUAGGCAACUUUGUUUGUCGCCAGGCUCUUUUAAACUUGUUGUUGACCGGCCGUGCCAGUCCUAAUGUCUUCAAUGGAACGUUGUCAUGUGAUGAGCAUGGCAAUGCACUCUACCAACCUCUCCAUGGAAUUUUGACUCGGAGCAAUGUGGGAUACCUACACUGGAGCCGAGAGCAAGCAGAACAUGCCAGUCUGCCUUCUGUGGGAAGCAUGCUGAAGACACCCAAAUUGCCUGUCUGGGUUUGCAACAUCAACGGCACCUACAGCGUUUUAUUUAGUCCAAACCGAUCUCUGUUGUCUGAUUGGAAGAUGGAGCACCUCUUCCAAAUCUACUUCUACAAUGGACAACCAACCCAAGUCAAUACUGCCAUGCUCACCAUAGACACACAUUCCCAUCAUUGGGAGGCUAAAAGCAGAGAUGGUCAAGGAGACCCUGAAAAGAGGUUUCCUUCAGUGGAAAUGACCAUCAGAACUAAAUGGGAGGGGGCGGCAAUUGACUGGAAUGGAACAGUACCUUUCUUCUGAUGUUUAGCUCGCCAUUGAUCUCGAUUUAGGAGUCUUUUUCACAUGCAUAUUAAAACACAGGAACUUUAUUUUAUUAUACUGUCCCCUAAUAAUGUUCAAAUAGUAUAUGAGCUCACAUGAACAAUCAAUUUACUUAUGUAGACAGUUUAGAAACAUUGCAUUUCUGCCAGAUUUGGUUGUUUGAUAAUAAUUUAAUUUGAAUGUGAUUAUAUUGUUGUAGAAUCUGCUAAGGUUUUGUUAAAAUACUCAGGGACAAAACUGCUUAUCAUGAUCGUUUGAAAUCAUUUCAAGCCAAUCAAGCUAAUUUUAAACUAUCCAGAAAUAAGUUAAGAAAUAUUUAAGGAAAUUUUGAGAUUAGGUCUUAAGCAUAAAUAUCGAUGUUAUCAAGAUAUUAUCUCCCAAAGACCCAACACAUUAAUUAUAAUUGUACUGCAUUCUGUUUGCCCUUUAACAAUUUACAAAAGCAUUUUUAAAUGUGAAAUUUCACUUACAUAUAAAAAAACUGCCACAACACAGAGAGACUUUUUUUUUGUAUUUAAUAAUGACAAAUAGCUCAGAUUAAAUCAGCAGGCUAAAAGCUUUGGCCAAGCAAAUUUCUUAUAUGUAUAUUUGUAAUAGAUAAUUUAUUUGUUCAACUUGUUUACUAACUGAGCACCAUGCAUACACACAGUCACAUCUAUGACCUAUUUUGCAUAGGUAACCUGCAUUUUUGUGCUCAGUCAAAGGAAACCAAAAGAUAACCACUCAAACACUGGGAGAGCAUGCACAGAAACUCCAAAAACCUGAGCUCUGGAAAGAACCAGGGAUAAGGCAGCAACUCUACCUAA